AUGUAUAGCGGUCUUGAAGCCAAGUGGUCCAAUCCGCGGUAUGGCGACCUGCUGCAUCGUCAUUCGAUUGCCAAGCAUGGCUACCCGGUGGAGUUGCACAAAGUCACCACCUCCGAUGGGUACAUUCUUUCGCUGGCCAGAAUCCCCGGCGCUGCUGGAAAGCCCGUAGUACUCGUUCUACACGGGUUGCUCAGCUCGUCCGUUGACUGGACGGUUCAAGGUCCGGAAAAGUCGAUCUCGUUCAUCGCCGCCGACGCUGGGUUCGACGUGUGGUUGGGGAACGUGCGGGGCAACACCUUCUCGAAGGAACACGAAAAUCUUUCCGCUCGCGAUCGGGAAUUUUGGCGCUUCAGCUUCCACGAGAUCGGCAUGCGCGAUCUUCCCGCCAUGGUGGACUACGUUCUGGAGAGCACGUCCUCGGAGACAUUGCACUUCGUCGGGCACUCGCAGGGGUGCGCUGCGUUCCUAGUCCUAACCAGCAUGCGUCCGGAGUACAACGACAAGUUUGCCAGUGUGCAUCUGAUGGCUCCGGCGGCAUACAUCCACCAUGCGACCUCUCCCGCCCUAGAGUUGGCGUCCCGAAUCGACGAACUGGAGAUGUUCGCCAGGCUGACGCGCAGUUUCGAAAUCGGAGGACGUGGCGCAGGCUCCUCGAUGGAUCUGAUGUAUGCCGGCCAUAAGACAGGUCUCGUUCCGACGGAUCUCGUGCUGACCAACAUCUGGUACUUUGUCGGAGCGCACGACUCCAUCAAUCGGUCGCUGGUGGGUGAAAUACUGGCCAACACGCCCGCCGGCUGUUCCGUCUACCAGCUGCUCCACUUUGGCCAGAACUUUCUCGCCAAGUCGUUCCAAAUGUAUGACUACGGCGCGGAAGGCAACGAACAACGCUACCGGGCCAAAGUUCCGCCAGAAUAUCCGCUCCUUAAUGUGACCGCCCCGGUUACGUUGUACUACAGCGAAGGAGAUAUCUUUGUGCCGGCGCAGGACGUAGAGGAUUUGGCCGAUCGGUUGCCGAACGUAGUGCAGAAGUUCAAGAUUGGGUCACGCAAGUGGAACCACAUUGAUUUUCUGUUCCACUUCGGAGCACAUCGCUUGUAUCGGAUGGUUGUGGCUUCGUUCUGGAAUCAAACUGAUGGACAAUCGGGUGAAAGUGUUUGA